AUGGAUUACAUGGGUCAAACAUCAACGGCUCAAUACACUCUUAUGGGUCGUCGACCACAACAGAGUACUCAGUUGCCAUCUAUUGGUACAUUUGAUACUCGUACAUCAUCUGCUCCACCCUAUUCGGGCUUGCUCACUCGAUCGCUUUCGCUUUCAUGGCGACCAUCAACACUUUAUCGAGCAGCACGUGUUGAACCAACACAAUCAUUAAAUAUGUCAACGGCAUAUCCAUAUAGUUCUUCUAAUUAUCUAAAUAAUAUUGAUAGUGCUAAAGUACCACCAAUAUUUCCAUCAGCUCGUCAAGCUCUGUAUACUCGUUAUACACCAAAAGAUUGGCAUAAUGCUCAAAUGACAAAUUAUUUAGCUUCGGAUAAAAUUCGUGCUGCAGCCGAACGUUUACGUUCCGAUGCAGUACGAUUGGCACGCGAAAAAGAUGAACAAGCAUUUAAAAAUAAUUUCGAAUCAUCAAGACGUUUAGGUGAACGUAUAAAUGACAUUGAAUAUUGGAAAUGUGAAUUAGAAAAAACAAAAGAUAAAAUGAAACGUAAAAUCGAUGAAGUGGAAUUUAAACGACGUGAAGUUGAACGAUUAUUAGGAGAAACAGAAAAACCAUUGCGUAUAGCACAAGAAAAUUUGUAUGAACGUGAAAAACGUCAAGGUAUCGAUCUUGUACAUGAUAAUGUUGAACGAGAACUUAUUCGAGAAAUCGAUACAAUUAAAUUAUCUCAACAAAAACUUCGACAAAUGCUUGAACGUCUGAAUACACAAAAUGCUAUUAAUCGUGCUUCACUGCAUGAGUUAGAACGUGACGCACAAGAUAAAUUUCGCGCUCGUGUACUCGACUCAGCUGCUCAUAAUGUUAAAACAACAUCACGGGGUAUUAACUUUUAUCAAGGCAUUGAAUCUGUGGAUAAUACUUUCUCAGUACCCGAAACAUGGACUAGAUAUACAGAAGAAAAUAUUCGUCGAGCACUUAGCGAAAUGUCUCAAUCCGAUGAAUUAAUGAAUGCUGGCAAUCAACUCAUGUCAGCAACGAACAGUGACAUGUGGUCACAAUGGAAUCAUGUUAAUGUUUCACUUGAAAAUCGUGUACAAGAAGAGCAUGUCGCAAAAAAUAAAAUUCAAUCUCAUCUUGAAAAGAUUCUUCAAGAAAUCUUUGAUGUUGAACAAAAUAUUGAAUUUUUGAAAAAAACUAUUGCUGAUAAGGAAGCAUUUUUACAAGUUGCUCAUACACGUCUUGAAACACGUACUAGACGACCCAAUGUUGAAGCAUGUCGAGAUCCUGCUAUGCAUAGAUUAAUUCAAGAAGUUCAUGAUUUACACGCUGCUAUUGCUGAUCUUCAUGGUAAAUUGCGUCAAGAAGAAAAUGCUGUGCAACAUUUAUUACGUACAAAAUCAACAUUAGAACAAGAUUUAGCAAUUAAAAAUAAUUCCUUAUUUAUUGACGCGGAUAAAGUUAUGGGUAUUCGACGCACAUUUACAAUAGCUGGACCAGAAAAGCAUUCCACCACUUCGGUAUCAUUUUCUCAUCCGCGUGGUCUUAUUACAGUAUGA